AAAAAUGAGGAUGUCAUGUUGAAAUAAAGAAUGUGACCUAUUGGGUCUCGAGUCGUGAUUAUUGGGUUAAGGGCGUCUCAUAUUUUUUCUACAAUGCACGACCUAUUAUUAUUAUUACCAAAAAAAAGAGCAUGUUCGGGUUUAAUCUUGUUAGUAGAGUAUAUAUAACAAAUACAUUCACUAAAAAGAUACAGUACACUACAACAAAUACAUUUUCCAGCCGUGUCACCUUCCCCACCAGCUUUUACCAAAUUUCCCGACGCGAGAGCGAGAGACCUACUUUCCCCUCGUCUCAGGCCAUGGCUCUUAGGGUUUCCACCCUGCCCGUCGCCGCCGUCGGCCGCGCCGGCAACUACACCGUGCACGGCAUCACGGAGAGCCCGGGGGGCAUCUGGGACGGCCUCACCAUCGUCGGCAUCGUCGUCACCGGAGUACUCCUCCGCCGUCGCCUUCGCAGCUGGAGCAGGCACCUGUUCUCUGGUUCCCGGCCCCAUGACCCCCAGCACCGAGACCUAAGGGUGAGGGCCGACCGGGCUGAAAACAAGGGCAAACGUGAGGAGUGGGCGGAGACAAACCGCCGGUUUACCAAGAAGGCCGGGCAAGGGAACCGCUAAAAGCAUCCCCAGCCCAAAAGCUGGGGGUGGACAUACGAGGGCGUACAGUGGUGACGGUGGCGACAAAAAAUGCGUGGAAUAGAAAUGAUGCAUGGUUGGAGAAACUUAAUCAUUUAGAUCUGAGACUUGUGGCGACGGUGAUUGGUGAACAUAACGUUGGGUGACAUCUGUUAAUCUCAGACUUAUGGUGGUUGGAGGAACUUCUGGAAUUUUCAUCAAAUUAUGGUGUCACAUAUUAUCGGUGAAUCUAUUUCUUUGAGAUGAGCUAUAUAAUCAAAUCCUGCUGCUUUGGUUCUCA